AUGCGGACAACUCGACGAAUCUCUGAUAAACCAAAAGGUGGAUCUCUGCGGUUGGAUUGUCGUAAAACGGUAUGGGUCCUGUACGAAAAACACUGGGACUUACCCGUGCAUAGAAAUGUUGCCAAAGGACUAACAUUCUUCGUGCUGCAAGAUGUCCAUGGCCAAGUUCAGCUGGUCUCACGACAGGAACAAUCGCAAAAUUCAGAUGCAGACCAGCAGAUUUCAAAUGAAGAAAGCCAUGCUGCAGGAGCGAUCCUUCGCGAGCUUCCCCUGCAAUCAGUUGUUCAAGUCACCGGUACUAUUGCUGGUCGUCGUCCUUCACCCGGCAAAAUCGAUAAGAACGGGUCAAUCGAGGUAGUCGUUGAGCGAGUCCAAGUUUUGAAUCCCGCAAGCGAGAAACUUCCAUUCCAACCGAACGACGAGAAGUAUCUGCCUCGAGAAGAGAUUCGUCUUAGCCAUCGGUAUCUAGAUCUCAGACGAGCCCGUCUAGCGCAGAAUCUCCGGGCUCGUAGCGAUAUUGCACACAAAAUUCGGAACUUUCUACACGCUCGAGGUCAGUGGGACACAGCUGAUACGAUCGUUCUAACAUGGGGCAUCUCAGACUUUAUUGAGGUGGAAACGCCCAUGUUACUCAAAUCAACUCCUGAAGGCGCGAGAGAAUUUCUUGUUCCGAUGCGCGUCAGCAAUAGACCAGAGCGAAUCGACAGUGGGGAUAAUGUCGAAGGGAUAUUGAGUGAAGGUCCUACGUUUUACGCACUAUCACAAUCUCCCCAACAACCAAAGCAAAUUCUCAUGUGCUCUGGUGUAACAGAGAAGUACUAUCAGUUUGCGCGCUGCUUCCGAGACGAAGACGGCAGAGCUGAUCGACAGCCGGAGUUCACGCAACUCGAUCUGGAGAUGGCAUGGAUAAGUUGGGAUGCUGGGACCAACAAAAGCUCAUCGCCUCCAUCUUUUCCUUUCUCAGAGUGGAGGAUUGGCGGCUGGGAGAUCAAAGAAACACUCGAAGGGAUCAUGCGUUCUGCGCUGGGACAAGCCUUGGAGUUUCCAAUCCUACGCUAUGAGCAAGCCAUGCGCUAUUACGGUAGCGAUAAACCAGAUCUCCGCUGGGAUAAACGAAUAACAGACCUUACCGACUUAUUGGAGCCUCAAGCGCGAGAAACGCUCCAGAGCCGAGGACUCGCGCUGGAUGGAAUUUUGAUCCCGAACUCGGAGCUUGGUGGCAAGCAUAAAGUUGUCAAGAAGUUCAACGCUCCAAAGGUCAAAGUCGCUACAAUAUCCGCAGAGAAUCCCCGGUUCAUCCCGAUUUCCCUCCCAGACCUCGGAAAGCAGUUGGAAUUCCAGAGUCUCGUCCCUGGGAUGGAGGACGGCGGAGUUGCUCUGCUCUCACUACGACCAAACGCACCAUUCGAGGGAGGAUGGACAGCUUUGGGACGUGUGCGUGCUGCAUUGGUUAAGGAGUUUGCGACGGAGAAAGAUUUACAAUCCAAACGUUUCCUAUGGGUGACAGAGUUUCCGCUUCUCACUCGUGCCGAUGAGGACAAGGAGUUCCUUGCACAUGGACGAUGGGCGAGCUCACACCAUCCGUUCACCGCGCCAAUGGUCGAAGACAUACCUCUGCUUCUGAAAGGAGGGAUUGACCUCGCAAAGGUUCGAGGGCAACACUACGAUUUGGUGCUCAAUGGCACUGAGAUAGCCGGUGGCUCUGUGAGAAUCCAUGAUCAUAGACUUCAGGAGUACAUCUUUGAGAAAGUAUUGCAGCUAGACGAAAAGGAACGCGCCGGAUUCUCUCAGCUACUCCAAGCUUUGAAGAGCGGUGCCCCUCCUCAUGGUGGUGCGGCUAUCGGGUUUGACCGCUUUGUAUCCAUAUUAUGCAACGAACCCUCCAUACGCGAUGUUAUUGCAUUUCCAAAGACGGCCGGGGGUGUGGACCUCUUCUUCAAGAGUCCGACACCCAUUCCUACGAGUACACUAGACCUCUAUGGCUUGCAGCCCAUGGGUCCUUCUUCGCCGGAUACACAACCCUAA